UGAUUUAGCUAAAAUCUACUAAUAAAAACAUGACAAGUAAUCAAAAUUACCUAAAAUUAUGAAGAAUUUGAUAAAUAAGCAAAAUCACUUCAUAAAUAAUAGUAAUAAUAGUAUAGAUGUUACAAAAAAAAAUUAAGUGAAACGACAACCUCUUACACACGUGCGACAACCGGCAACCGGGAACUGACAAAAGUUCCAAAAAGUUAUUGCAUCACCAUAAAUGCAAGUACACAUGACGAAACUGAAACGAAACGGACAACCUCCCACGUAGGUCUCUCAAGUCAUAUUAGAUCUUUCUACGGUCAAAGAUCAAAUGAAUAAUAAUCCAACGGUUAAUAUCCCACCAUACCCUCUAACUGUUACAUGUGUCAGUGAAAAUCCCAGACACUACCCAAAGCUGGAAACUUUAGCUCGAUUUGUUUCCCUCUCAUUCUUCUCCUCUGUUCUCUCGAUCUCCAAGUCCGUUCCUUUUCAGAUCUUGCGUUCAUUAGUUUCAAAGCCAUGGAAGAGAGUUUCAGAAGCUACACUGAUAAGACGAGUGUGUACGAUAUCAAACCAUUACGCACACUAAAACCCGUUUUCCCCAGCGGGAAUCAUCAAUCUCCACCACCUUUCGUCUGCUCACCUCCUUUCGGUCCUUUCCCUCCUGGCUUCUCCCCUUUCUAUCCCUUCACCUCCUCUCAACCACACACUCAUAACAACUCAAACCCUUCCUCUGUCACUCCUCUAAGAUCAUUCAGGUCUGACGCGGAGGGUUCAACUCCGAAGAGAAAGACCCCGAAAAAGCUUGUUCGUCCUGAUAAUGUAAACUUCGAGAGCGGCAUCACCUCUCCCGAAAGAGAGAACGGUAACAGAAACUUGGUCACGAGCGUUCUCACGCGCUACGAGGCCUUGAGAAGAAGAUUCUCACAGCUGGAGGACGCGAGAGAAGCUGUAAGCGGGAUCAACAAACGCGCCGAUUUAAAAGCGGGAUCCACUUGCAUGAGCCGUGGCGUACGCACAAACACCAAGAAACGACCUGGUAUAGUCCCCGGCGUUGAGAUCGGUGACAUAUUCUUCUUCAGGUUCGAGAUGUGUUUGGUCGGGCUGCAUUCUCCAUCGAUGGCUGGCAUUGACUAUCUUCUCCUCAAGGGAGAUACAGAAGAAGAAGAUACCAUCACUAUCGCAACUAGCAUCGUCUCGUCUGGUUACUACGAUAACGAAGAAGGUGAUCCGGAUGUUUUGGUUUACACCGGUCAGGGCGGUGGUAACGCUGAUAAAGAGAAGCAAACCUCGGAUCAAAAGCUGGAAAGAGGUAAUUUAGCGUUGGAGAAGAGCUUGGUUAGGAACAGUCCGGUUCGGGUCAUAAGAGGGUUGAAAGAGGCGUCUCCUAGUGUUAAAAUCUAUCUUUACGAUGGGCUCUACGAGGUGAAAGAGUCGUGGGUGGAGAAAGGGAAGUUGGGACAUAAUACUUUUAAGUAUAAGCUAGUGAGAGCUCCUGGUCAGCCUCCAGCUUUCGCCACGUGGAUAGGGAUACAAAAGUGGAAAGGUGGGUUGACUUCGAGGGAAGGGCUUAUACUCGCUGAUCUCUCUUCGGGAGUUGAAAGCAUUGGUGUGUCGCUUGUGAAUGAAGUUGAUGACGAGAACGGUCCUGGUUAUUUCACUUACUCCACAAAGGUGACUUACUCGGAGUCUUUUAAGCUGACGCAGCCUUCUAUUGGAUGUUGUGACUGUAGCAGCUCGUGCAAGCCGGGGAGCUUGAACUUUCGCUGCGUGAGGAGAAACGGAGGUGAUUAUCCUUACUGUGGGAAUGGAGUUUUGGUUAGCCGCAAGGGUAUGGUGUAUGAAUGCAGCUCGUCUUGUCCGUGCUUGGUUUGCAAACUCAAGGUGACUCAAAUGGGAGUCAAAGUGAAACUUGAAGUGUUCAAGACGGUGGAUAGAGGAUGGGGGUUGAGGUCGUGGGAUCCUAUCCGUGCUGGUUCGUUUAUAUGUAUAUACGCAGGUGAGGCUAAAGAGAAGGAGAAGACUAUGGAGAAUGAUGAUUACGCUUUUGAUACGACUCGUGUGUAUACCGCUUUUAAAUGGAACUAUGAGCGUGGUUUAGCGGAUGAGGUUGAUUCGGAAGAGGUGUCUGAAGAACCUGAAAUGCCGUUGCCUCUUGUAAUCAGUGGUAAGGAUGUUGGGAACGUUGCACGGUUUAUGAACCAUAGUUGCUCACCUAAUGUUUUCUGGCAGCCGGUUAGUUAUGAAGAUAAUGGUCAGCUCUUCUUGCAUGUUGCUUUCUUUGCCGUUUCUCACAUUCCUCCCAUGACUGAGUUGACUUAUGACUAUGGAGUUACUCGACCAAGUGGAGCUCAAAAUGGUGAUACAUUGUAUGGCAUGAAGAAGUGCUUUUGUGGAUCAGAGUAUUGCCGUGGUUCAUUUGGUUGAUAAAUGGUUAGUGUUAUUUAUCUACUGAAUCUAUACAGAUAUGUGAAUAUGAUUAGAAUAUGGAACCUCUGGACUUGUUCAUCUGGCAGGAAUCUUUUGAAUGACUGCUUUUGGUAGGAACUAAAGUGAUAGUCUCUAUGUGAUAUAACUCGGCAACAGCAUAAGAUGUAAGCUGUGAAGGAUUUUUUUUCUGCUUCUCACAACAAAACCUUUGGCUAUUUCUCGGAAUGUGGAAGAUGUUUUCUCCUGUUGGAUAUGUAAUCUUAUAAUUAGUA